AUGGCGGUGGGAGCCCGGCUCCGGAGCCUGGCGCGCCGCGGCCCUCGAGGGCGAGGACAGGACGAGGACGAGGCUGCUAUCCUGGAGCAGCUGGAGUGCGGGGACGGGGACGAGGACACCAGAGCGGCGCACGGGGCGCGGAGCGCGCGGAGGGUGCACCUCGCCGUCCUCCCCGAGCGCUACGAGCCUCUGGAGGAGCUGGCGCCCGAGGAGAAGCCCAAGAGGAGAUACCGCAAGAAGCUGAAGAAGUACGGCAAGAAUGUCGGGAAAAUCCUCUCCAAAGGAUGUCACUAUGUGGUCAUCGGCCUACAGGGAUUCGCCGCAGCCUACUCCGCCCCAUUUGGAGUGGCCACCAGCGUGGUGUCCUUCGUCCGCUAG